AUGUUUGUGUUAGUGAGAAAACAAUUAUUUCAUCAACUAGGACAGAGUGUUAGAUUUAAACAUGGCAUUGACUAUUCAAAGGUGCCAAAAUUGCUUGAGACUGAUUUGGAGGAGCAAUUUGUAAGAGGAUCAGGACCUGGAGGGCAAAAAAUUAAUAAAACUGCAAGUUGUGUUGUAAUAAAACAUAUACCCACAGGAAUUGUAGUAAAAAAUCAAGAAUCACGUUCACAAGAACAGAACAGGAAAAAUGCACGAUCAAUUCUUAUCAGCAAGUUAGACAAUUUAAUAAAUGGAGAAAACAGUGUUGAAGCCCAGUUAAAGAGAAUUCAAGAUAAGAAGUCUAAUGUAAAACAAAGUAAAAAGGAAAAGUUAAGGUCUUUGAAAGAAAAGUGGAAAGAACGUGAAAAUAUCAUAUAAUUCCAACAUUAAUUGUUUGUUUGCCAUGUUGUUGUAUAAUAGUUAUAGUGAAUAUAUUAUUUUAAAUA